ACGUAUGCUCCGUAUACUUGCAAGACAGCCAUUUUAUGCAAUUGUAACAAGGUUAAUAUCUCGAAGUUCUCAAACAUUUGUAACUAAAGAUUCCCGUGAGACUCUUCGAAAAAAUUUAGUAGUUUUUCCCAAGUGUUGGAAUGCUUUCUCUACGAGGUCCGAGAGAAGGUUUUCCAAACUGCGGGAGAUGAACAGUUGGUGUCCAAGGCGAUUCUGUUCCUCUGAUUCAGAAGACAGUAAAAGUAGAAAAGAAACAUUGACGGAUUAUGAAAAUUCAAGUAAUCAUACUUUUGAAGGAAGUGGAGGAAUUCCGGUAUUUGGCAAAGAGGAUUCAGACCCGUCGCAGUUAGGAAAGGAUUACGUGCGGUUAGUCUCUUUACUUGUGCGUAUGCCAGAACUUGUAGAGUUUGCUGCCAAAAGUUAUCAUGUUGGAAACUCUUCUGUCGCCGACUCUUUUGACGACCCAGAGGCUAUCUCCCGCUUGGAAAAAACGAGAGCUGAACUAUUGGCAAGAUCAAUAGCAGAGAGGGCAGGACUUGCGUAUGAUGAGAUAUUUGAGUCUAUUCGUGAGAUUGAGUUUAGUAAUAUUUCCGACAAACCAAAAUUUUUACCAGUGGUUUAUAUUCCAAAGUUUGCAGUCGAUUUGGAACAGCAGGCAGAGUUGUACCGUUGCAUUGACAGUCUGAGAACUCUUUUUACAAUGCUUGACCUUUAUGGUGAAGUGCCGUUUCCUUGUGCAGCGUGGAUAGACGGAGAACCUGUAAAACCUUCCUCUGAAGCGGAUUAUCUUCGAGAGAUCGGUAGUGAAACGGAGAGUCCUGAACUGAUUAGAGCGAGACGUCAAUUGGAAGACACAAUUAUUCCUAGUCGGGUGUUACGAGGCUUUGAAGCAAAGCUUUUGGAAUUGCGACGAACUGCUCGAGUAACAAGAGGAGGCACUGUCUGGAGUUAUCGUGCUUUUGUUGUCGUUGGCAACUAUGAAGGCACAGCUGGUUAUGGUAUGGGAAAGUCUGCAAGUCCAAGACACGCAGUUUCGCUAGCUAUUAGAGAUUCUAUGAAACAUAUGAUUCACGUAGAGCGCUAUCAGGAUCGUACCAUCUACCAUCCUUUGGAUUUUACUUUCAAAGCAUCUCGUGUUCUCGUUUUUCCCGGAAGAACCGGAAAAGGAAUUCUCUCUGGUCCUUUAUUUACUGUAGUUUUGACUGUGUUUGGUUUUCAAGACAUCAGUGCGAAGAUGAUGGGUUCUCACAACCGAAUCAAUACUGUCAAAGCACUGUUUGGAGCACUUUCAACCCAUCGUACGGUGAAGGAAGUUGCAGCUAUUCGUGGAGUCAACUAUUUAGACCUUGGACUCACUAAUAAGGAAGAAACGAAGGAAAGAAACCAAUAUAUGGAAUUUCUAUAGAUCUACUCAUUGUCUCCGAAUGUAUGAAAUCAAUAAAAUCUCCAUUUUUAUU